AUGGACAGCUUCACCACGCUCACCGCCCAAUCCGUCUUUGACGAGCUCAAUCUCGACGUUCAAGACGAUGUCUCUCAUCACUUCGGCUUUCCUUCUGAAGAAGAAGCUGCUACUGAGGUUCCAGCUGAUCAAGAGAGGCCGGGAGAUGGUCGAAAAGCAAUGGGUGCUUUCUGUGUGAUCGUCUAG